AUGUCUGUUCUUGCAUUCAAAGCAAUCGGCUACGGCGCCGAACAGAUACCAGACAAAUUCUUCGAGAAAAUUCCAGGCGGUUUCUUCAAGCCCGGAGACGAGAAAAAGAGUAGCAAGAAGAAUCGAUCACCGCCGAAAAGGAAGAACACGCACAGCAGAGACCGAUCGCGACGUGAGCGCAGCCCUCAGAACGACUAUUCAGAAAACAGCGACCACGACAAGGACUACGAAGAAGAGAAGCGACGAAAAGAGCGGAGACGCCGAAAGAGCGUGGGAAGAAGCACUAGUAGGAGCUUAAGUCGCGGGAGAGACGAGCAGCGCAGCAGAGACGUCGACGGAGAAUAUAGCGACAGAGACAUGGCGCACGCAGAGCAAGGCCAAGGCCAAGGACCAUACUUCCCACCUCCGCCAACAUCCGAGUAUGCACCGUACAGCUCCCAGGAACAUGCCUCCAGGCCGGGCCAGGGUGACUACCAACCAACGUCAGCCCAACCUCAGUACGGCUACCCAACACAG